GCAAGAGAAAUUUGUUUACCACCAUGUGUCCUCUGCGCUUCAUCUUGGUCUUCUUCUCGGCGGCUUUGGCCGGCUAUUUCGCCUGGACCACCGUCAACGCCUCCACCGAUGCCUUCGCCGAGGCCGACUUCUCCAACGAUUCAACGGCUGAUGCCAAGAAGCAGCAGGAAUCCAAUAUGUUCAAGGUGAUUCAGAAUGGGUUCUGGGUGUUCGUGGAGAUGGCCAGCGGAAGAUACUUGUGGAGAAACUUCAGGGAGAUGAAGACACAAUGAGAAAGCUAGCUGAUUGAGACUUGAGAGCUAGCUUACCGCCGCCUUUUUCCACCACAAGGAGAAACAACUUGUUGGUCGACCGAUGAUCAUCAUCCAUCUAGUUUAGCUGUUCUUUUCUUCUUUUUUUGCUGUCUCUGAUCAGUAGUUUUGCCAAUUGUAGCUACCUGCAUAAGAAA